AUGACUGUCUCACUUGUAGGUCAACGUCGUUCAUUUGAUGGUCACUUAAGUACUAUUCGCUAUGUGGGUACUGUUCAAGGGACCACCGGCGACUGGUUAGGUGUUGAAUGGGACGACGCAAGUCGAGGCAAGCAUUCAGGAGAGCAUAAAGGCGUCAGGUACUUCUCAUGCAAAAGUAAACAUCCCACGGCGGGGUCUUUUGUUCGCCCCUCCAGGCCUUCAGACCAGCCUCUGAGCUUUCUAGAAGCGCUGCGGGAGAAGUAUGCUUCGGAGACCGAGCAUGGCCUUUCCCACAAUGAUUUGGCUAGUGGAUCAGCAAUUCAAGGCAAGGCAAUUGAGAUUAGCGGCAAGGUUGUUGAAGAAGUUGGCUUCGACAAAAUUCGGAAACAGCUCGCUGAGCUCCAAGAGUUACGCAUUGUCUUGCUUGAUGGCCUACGGGUUGUUGGAGUCCUUGCAUCCUACAAUCAAGCCCAAGUCUCACAUAAUGAGGCAGCACAAAAGAUUGGAGAAACCUGUCCUAAGAUCACCGAACUUGAUCUUAGUCGAAGCUUAUUGAGUCGGUGGCGCGAUGUUUGGGAUAUCUGCGAUCAGCUUAAGCACCUGAAACGGCUGAGGUUGAACGGAAACCGAUUUCAAGCGUUGGAGGAAGACCUGAUCUUCAAGGGGAUUACUGAGCUACAUUUAGAACAAACUCUGCUUAGCUGGGAUGAAAUCACUGCCAUUGCAUAUCGAUUCCCUGACUUGACGUCUCUCACGGCAUCUGCGAACCAGCUCUCUGAGAUAACGUGUCCACUCCCUAGCACUAUCACAACAUUAACCCUCGAGCACAAUGAAAUCACCUCAAUAUCAGCUCUUCGACACCUCGCUGCACUUCCAAAAUUGGAGCACCUCUCCCUCCGUGGAAACGGUAUCAGCACCGUCAACCAAAACACCACAGAUACAAACCUAGACUUCCAAUUCCCGCCGACUCUCCGCUCUCUCGAUCUAUCCCGCAAUGAUAUCACCUCUUGGACCAUCCUCAACAAACUCCCUACUGUCUUCCCAGGUCUAACCACCCUCCGAAUCACUGCCAAUCCCCUCUUCGACCAACCACCCCUCCCACCAUCUGUCACUGACGACUCCAAACCAAUGACCGUCGACGAAGCUUUUAUGCUAACCCUAUCUCGGUUCCCACCCUCCCUCACCACCCUGAACUACAGCACCAUCUCUCCCCAAGACCGCUCCAAUGCAGAGAUGUACUACCUAUCCCUCAUCGGCAAAGAACUCUCCGCCACAACCGAGGAAGAAGAACCCGCCAUUCUCGCCACACACCCGCGGUACAGUGAGCUGUGCGAGCUAUACGUCGAGCCGACUAUCACAAGAGCGGUUUUGUCGAAUUCUUCAGGCGCCAGAGUCAUCCAUCCGCGGUCUGUAGCAGCGCGACUGGUCAAGAUGGCUUUCCGUCUGCCAACUGGAAAUGACGAAUCCAAGAGUCAAGUCAAGGAGAUUCCUGGCUCGUUUGAUACGUACCAGGUCAAGGCGCUUGUGUCGCGGCUCUUCGGGCUACCGGCGUUUGGGUUUCGGCUGGUCUGGGAGACGGACGAGUGGGAUCCUGUAGAGAAACAAGUUGGCGAUGAGGCCGUUGUUGAAUGGAAUGAGGAUAGUGAGGAUGAACUUCCCCUUGAUAUUGGCUCUGAGCUUGAGAAAACGGACAAUGGUCUUGAUAAGAGCCGGUUUGUGCGGAGGGAGGUGGAGCUGGUUGAUUCAACGAGGGAUAUUGGGUUCUUGUUUCAAGGUGAAGUGGGAGAGGUCAGGGUUAGGGUUGAGAUUCCUGAUUAUGCGUCUACGAGGUCUGCCGCGGUUGCCACUUUCGAGUAA